AUGGCUAUCGAAUUAACACAUGAACAGCUAACUAGAACAGUUGAAAACUUGAGAGGCAACGAGGAAAGCUUACCAUCACCAUUAGUUCCGCCAAUCCCAACACACGAGUAUGAAUUAAACCAAUCAGAAUCACUCACCUUUUUGUAUAAUCUUCUCUUUGAUGAAUCAUCUCACUUAUCAAAAGCUGAUAUUUUGAGUAUCUUGAAUUCUCUUAAGUUAAGGGAGGAUAAUUUACCUUUCUAUUUUAACAAUGCAGACACUCAUACCGAUACCCAAGGGGUUCAUUGGCCUGAAGGUCUAAAACAAAAAUUUGUUCAAGAUCGAAUCCGAAUAGGGAAUAGUUUUGAAUCUACCAGUACAGGGUGGUAUUUUAAUAUACCACUGUCCAGAGAGACUGUUAGAAAUACUGUAAAUAUCGAGAUGUACAAGUCAUCUUCUGAUUUUUAUAAUUUUCACAAGUUUUUCAGUAAGUUGAAGUUGCAUAUAACUCAUUUUCAGCUUAGGAACUUGGUAUGCUGCGGGUCAGACAUUUCCAAGGGGAUCUAUUAUCCACUGGCAUACAUCCACGAUAACCAUUUACAGACUGUCACUGCCAAUGGAGAAGAUAUGGACCCUGAGGGGUCCCAGAGCUACUUCAAAAUUAAUCGUUUGGCCCCUGAUACUACAUCAAUCGAAGGAACUCGAUUGAAAGAACCCAUGAAAUUGGAUUGUCUAGUAGAUUCAAGGUCAUUGACGUAUAAUUCCAAUAGUCGAAUAUCAACUUUGGCAUGUUCCAAUAAUUAUUUGACGUUUGGAACUUUCGAAGGUGGAUAUGUUUUAGUUGAUACUUCUAAAUCAGAUCAGACACAUGUAUUAGGUGAAUAUAAUCUAGCGAGUAAAGUAGAUGGAAUCACCAACCAUAUCAUUAUCAAUGAAGAUGAUAAGGAAUUGGUUAUAAGUUCAAAUGAUAAAUUCUUACGAAUAGUUGAUAUUAACCAGGAUAGCUUAAGGUCAGGACCAAAAGUUAAAUCCAUGCAUGAAUUACCAUUUGCAAUCAAUUGUCUUGCUCUCAAUAAGAAUAAUGUAAAUGAAAAACUUAUAACUGGUGAUGAUAUCAACUCAUAUAUAAUAGAUACUAGACUUUCCCAACAGGGGAAUAAAUUUGCUGCUACUUUACGAGGACACGAAGACUUUGGGUUUAGUUGUGACUGGUCACCAACUAAUGAGAACUUGAUGAUUACUGGGAAUCAGGAUGGAAGUGUCAAACUCUGGGAUAGACGAAAACUUGACGAUGGAUGUACAAGUUGUUGGGAUAGUUCGUUUGGAAGAAACAUUGGGUUAAAACCCUCAAAAACAGUUCAAGGAGCUCCUGUCCGGAACACAAAAUUUAGUUUCAAUGGAGAAUAUAUAGCCUGGGCUGAAAGUUUGGACCAUAUUGGGAUAGUUCCAGUUCUGGAUGUUCUUGCUAGCCAAGAAAAUACCGUUCUGAAUGUGCAAUCGAUUGACUUUGUUGGUAAAUGUAUGGGUCUCAACUUUGCUCCUAGCGAUAGUGGGUACGGUGAAGAGCUUAUUAUUGGGGUUAACGAUUGUCCAUUGGGUGGGAUUUUAAGCUACAAGUUAGAAAGUGUCAACAAAUCUUUAGACUUUGACUUUUUCUUUUAA